AUAACAAUGAUACUAUAAUAUGAUUUAGAGUGUGAAAUUACACACAAUAUAGCCAAAAAGCCGGAGAGAAGGGUAAAAUCCAAUUGGGGAAAAUGGCAGAAUCGGUGGCUAUUUCUCAGUCCUCUCUCGUGUUGCCUCAUUUUGGAGGGCCUAGGGCUCUAACUGGUUGGCGCCAAUCUUGGAUUCGAUUUAGGGCUUCUUCGCCGGUGAUCUCUCACAAAUCAAUUGCUGGGCUGCGGCAAACCACUGUCUCCUCGGGGAUCAUUGCUAGCGCUGUCUCUGACUCUAAAGCGCCCGCCUUCAUCGUUGAAUCGGCAGGGGAAGAGAUCGACGUCCAACCAGAUACCACUGACAGAGCCGGUUCUGGUAGCGAGGGUGGAAACGGAGGCGGUGGUGGUGACGGAGGCGGUGGUGGUGACGGUGGCGGCGGAGGCGGUGGUGGUGGUGAUCACGACAACGACGACAAUAAGGGCGAGGGCGGAUCGGACGAAAGCAAUAACAAAAUUGCCAUGUCUAUGUCCCAAAAGUUGACUCUGGGCUACGCUGCCCUGGUCGGAGUCGGUGGAGUUAUGGGCUAUAUGAAGAGUGGCAGCCAGAAGUCUCUUGCGGCAGGUGGACUAUCAGCCUUGCUUCUGUAUUAUGUCUAUACUCAACUUCCCACACGACCAGCUUUUGCAUCAUUCUUGGGGCUUGGUCUCUCUGCUGCACUUGUUGGAGUGAUGGGUUCUCGCUUCAAGAAGUCAGGAAAGCUGUUUCCAGCAGGUGUUGUAUCCCUUGUGUCUCUUGUGAUGACUGGUGGCUACCUGCAUGGCAUUCUGCGAAGUCUACACUGAAGAUGCUUAAAAUAUGGAUAUGAAGGGUUGAUGGUUUUAAUUUGAACUAUCUUGUCAGAGUCUUUGUCUAUGCCUCUAUCUGGUAGGUAGAAUUGCUAUGAUAGAAUAUGGAGUUUAAACUUUUUAUAGACCAGUGUUCAGAAGCGCCUUUUUGUGUGUUUGCGCGUGUGCGUGUUAAUGAAUAGUGACAAGUUCACCAGUUAGCUUAUAAUGUAAAGAGGAAGAAACUUGAUGAUUAUAGGAACUGGAGGUGUGUUGAGCA